AUGUUGAUUACGCUAAUAAUAUUUGCACUUGUAUUCAAUCUCACGAUUUCAUAUUUACCUACCAAAGACUAUAUCAUAGAAUUCAAUGAUUCAUCAAUAACCCAAACUCUAGAAAAGCUGGAAUUUUCCUUGGUUUAUUUCUACUCAGAUACAUGUAAAUUUUGUCAACAUUUUGAACCAGUUUUUGAGAAUUUAUGCGUCUUGUAUAAUGGGAUUGAUAGUGAAAAAUCUAAAUUUCAGAUACUUGCCGUAAAUGCCUUACAAAAUAAAAGAUUGAGUCAAUUGUUUCAAAUACAACAUUAUCCUUCGAUAAAGCUCCUAGAGUAUUCAAGUAAAAAGAUAAUACCCUUUGAGUAUGAUCGAGAUUUACAAAUCCUAAUAAACUUUAUCGAGCAUCACGUAUCAGUUCAGCCGAAAUAUGAUAAUUUUGUAUCUAAAAUACAUGAUUUCGAGGACUUGAAAACGUUGGGAAAGAGCAAGUCUAACAAAAUUAUUAUUUUUGCUAUGUCAUUCUUGGACGAAUGGCAAGACAUUCACUUUCCUGCUCAUUUUCUACAGAACUUGGCAAUAAAGUAUCCUGAGGUAGAAUUCACUGUUGUAUUGGGUGACAAAAUUAAUGAUUCUUCGGUCUUACAAAUUUUUGGAGUAAGCAACUUUCCCAGUGCAAUUUAUUUAAGAAAUGGGAGCUUCAAAAGUCUAAAUACGAAAUCUCAAGACACUUUAAAGUAUGGAGAACUUGAUGAAGCACAAUUGAUCAAAUUUAUUGAAAAUAUUGAAAAUAAUGAUUCCAAUUGGAAUAAUCAGCGAAAUGUUGAAGACAUGACUGAUAUUGAUCACACAAUACUGAUUCAACGAGUCGAUGAUUAUGAUGAUGAUGACAUAUUAGAUCAUAUAGAGCUAUAG